AUGGAAGCUGAAGCAGAUCUCGGUGACAACGAGUUGAGCGCGUCGAUUAGCUGCCGCAGAAGAUCAGCUUCUGUCUCAGACGAUUACUCGGUGCAGAAGACCAACGACGAUGCCACAGAAUCAAAAUUCUCGGCUGUAAAAGUAAAUACUUUUUGAUGCGUUUAAUUGCCUUUAGGUGGGUUAUUGGUCUGAUCCUUACAUCCACCAUUUCAUUGUGAAUCCCGACAAUAUUCACAGAAGAGCGCCGGAGAUCCUGAGGGGAUAUUGGGCUCGGCAUGCUGCCUUCGAGUUGAGUUUGAAGAGAAUCUCAGAAGUAUGUUGUUGAAAACAAAGAAUAUGUGUUUUAGCUCGCCGGAGAGAAUCUGCAGAUAAUCAGUCUUGGUGCUGGCUUUGACACUUUGUACUUCCGAUUAAAAGAAAGAGGAUUCCCAUUUCGAAAAUUGGUGGAGGUCGACUUUAGCUCAGUGACCGCCAGAAAAAUUCGGACGAUUUCUAAAUCAGAUCAACUGGCUUCUGCUUUCCAGUCUCGAGGUAAUUUAGCAUAAUGGUUUAAAUAUAUCUCAAUGUUUUAGUAUCCGAAUCCCAUCACAGUGAUCUUCAUGCCGAUGACUAUAGUUUAUUGGGAGCGGAUAUCAGGCAAUCGGCAGAGUUGUGGCAGAAGCUUGAACUGGCCAAUCUGGAUCCGUCAUUACCUACAGUUGUUCUUGCCGAGUGUGUUCUUGUGUACCUUGAUGUUAAUGUCACCGAGAAUUUAGUUAGAGAAUUCUCAAAAAGGUUUAAUGAACUUGUGUUUGUUAGCUACGAACCGGUAUGUCUUUAAAUCGUUCUGAAGUUGCUUUUAGGUGAAUAUGAAUGACAAAUUCAGUUCUAUUAUGCAAAGUAAUCUCCAAGAACGAGGGAUCCAUCUUGUUGGACUUCCAGCUUGUGAGAAUCUCUUGUCUCAGAAGGCCCGAUUCCUCAACAACGGCUAUCCGGUUGCCAAUGCUUGGACUAUUCAAGAACUUUACUCUCAACAUUUCAACAAAGAUGAAGUUUCUCGGAUUGAAAAGUUGGAACUUCUCGAUGAAAGAGAGUUGUUGGCCCAGUUACUGGAACAUUACUGCCUUGUGUUGGCCGUCAAAACUAGCGGAGUUUUUGCUGGACUUGUAUUUUAA